CGCGUACUUUCACCCGGCCCCGAGAGCGAGCCAGACUCCUGCUGGACACGCUGCCGGUGUGCUCGUUGUUCGUCGUGUGCGUAGUGCGCGUGUGUGAAGGCGCUUCCUGGUUGCUCUGGUCGGGUGCGUUUGCCUGCACGGCGGAGGAAGCGAGGGAGCAAGCACGCAGGCAAGAAGGAAGGAAGGAUCUGCGAGGGAAGCGGCCCUGGAGUGCGAUGCCGCUGGAGACGUGAUCCGGCGAGCGACGUGAAAGCCGUUGGGAGGAAGUGCAUCGCGGGCGUCGACGGAACGCUGCUUCGACCGCCGGCGUCUUCCUCUGCCUCAAAGCACGGGAGGGACCAGCUGUGCUCGUAUCACAGACGUCGGAGAAAUAGACGUCAGCUGUUGCUUUGCUUGAAAAAAAUAGAUAAACAAGCCGCGAGCCUGAAGCAGUGCGGCCAGGGCUGCGUCGUCGAUGAACUGAUCACGACCCUGGACACGUUCCCUCUUCUGCGUGGGUCGUCAACCCGAGUCGUACCUUGGCAACACGCGAGUGCGGACCGCCGCCAUGUCCGAGAAGAGCGGCCGCGGGCGGAGCACGGGCGGGGGCGGGAGUGGAGUGGGAGCUCGGCAGCGGGACGCACCUCCCGCCCAUCCCGCCCGAGACCAUGACCAUGAACAUCCAGCUCAACAUGCAGCACGCAGCCAUGCAGCAAACAAUGCGCAUGAUGAACGUUAUCCGAAGCAACAAUGAAGCCCAGCAGUUCCUCUCUCGCGGUGGCCAGGUCAUCAUCCGCAUGCGAGGUCUGCCUUACGACUGCACGCCCAAGCAAGUGGUCGAGUUCUUCGAGUCCGGCGACAACGGCUGCCACAUCCUGGACAACGAGGACGGCGUGCUCUUCGUGCGCAAGCCCGACGGCCGCGCCACCGGGGACGCCUUCGUGCUCUUCGCCUCCGAGGACGACAGCUCCAAGGCCCUGGCCAAGCACCGCGAGAUCAUUGGCUCGCGCUACAUUGAGCUCUUCCGCUCGACCACCGCAGAGGUACAGCAGGUAUUAAAUCGUUCCAUGGACCCUCGUACAUAUGAACAGCAGCAACCACUGAUUGCACAGCUGCCCCAGGUGCCACUGCUCCCACAACAGAUCAUCACCUCAGGUACCCGCAAGGACUGCAUCCGUCUUCGAGGACUGCCAUUCGAAGCCCAAGUUGAACAUAUCCUUGAGUUCCUAGGUGAACAUGCAAAAAGCAUUGUUUACCAGGGUGUUCAUAUGGUUUAUAAUGCACAUGGCCAGCCAAGUGGAGAAGCUUUCAUCCAAAUGGACAGCGAACACUCUGCAUUCCUCGCCUCCCAGCAGAGGCAUCAUCGCUAUAUGGUGUUCGGGAAGAAGCAGCGUUACAUAGAAGUCUUUCAGUGUUCAGGGGAAGACAUGAACAUGGUGCUGACUGGUGGCCUGCCAACUCAAAGGCCCGUCAUGUCCCCGGGUAUGUUGGUGUGGGACACCGCAGCCCUGCCUGGGAGUCUUCCUCACCCACUUAGUGUUCCCCCUCCUGGUACACCUCGCCCCCAGGGGCCCCACUUCCUUGGUGCAGCUCAUCAUCCCCUUCAUCCUCCAGCUCAUGGCCCUGUGCUUUCUGGUAUCCCUCCAAGCCCUAUUAAACAGGCUGAUGCUCCCCUUCUCCUUCCUCCACCUAUGGGUCCCCCUCCUCCAAGGCCUUCUUUGGUUCCACAAAAUCCUCUUGAGUUACCUCAUUCUUCUCAAGCUCCCCCUACCCUCAUGCCCCCUCCCUUAAAGCCAGCUGAGUCAGGAAUCCAUCCUCCUCUCAUAGGACAGUAUGGACACAUGCCAGUUACAUCACAGAUAAGUACAGGCAGUAAUCCAGUGUUUCUGCUUUCCAAUGCUCGGACAUCCCUAGCAAGUGGGCUUCAUCCACAAGUAACAUUGGUGCCAGUGUCAUCAUCUCAGGCUAGAGAUGCUCAAGGUGCACAGGGUAUUCAGAAACCCCCAGUGGGACCACCUCUCCUCCCAAUGCCUUAUGCAGCAGCUGCUGCAGCAGCUAUGGCAGGAGCGAGGCUGCCUGGAACGCAGAAGCGGAGCUUUGAACAGGCCUUCCCAGGGGACACAGGUGCUGCUAGCAUUGGAGCAAUGAAGCGGGGCCCUCAUGUGAAUCCUUCCCUCUUUCAUCCCUUGUACCCUCCUCCCCAGAUGUUCCCCACUAUGUAAUACUCAAUACCCGUGCUGCGUAACACACACCUGUAUAUAUUGGUAGGAGAGGCAAAGAUAUCAGUGUAAUGGGAGUCAUGGCAGGUGUAAGAAGUGACCAUUUAGGAAAUCAACACAACUCCUAACAAAGUAUUUUAGGAUUUGUGUAAACAAAUGCCUUAAUGCUCACUACAUUUUGACCUUUCCCAUCAACAUUGUGAUUUUAUUAUGUGUGUGUGUGGUGCAGCAGCAUUCUGUGUGUGCAAUCUGCUGUUACUCUGGUGUGCUGCACCUGUUGUUGCCAGCAACUCAAACACUGCUGGCCAACACUGUGUGGCUGCUGGGAGUGUUCUGCUGCAGGGUGGAUGAGCCUUAGUUUUUUUAAGUGUCUCUUAGAUAGGUGUUAGACAGAAACUCAACUGUGCUGGUUGGAGCAAGAAAAUGUUCUUCUCCCAGCUUUUUCAGUGUUUUUUGCUGGGAAGAACAUUACUGUUGUAUAAUGGAUUUUAAUAUAAUUUUAUUAACUAGAUUCAUAAGUUCAUAUUAAGAGUCUUGCUCACAAUCAACCAUAGUUGUUUCAUCCUCUAAGAUCUAUCCAUGAUAUGUCCCUGCAUAUGUAUGUGUGUGUAUACAUAUAUGCGUGAAUCUGUGGAUGCAUUAAUGUGUGAUUGUGUGUAUACUUCUGUGUGUGUCUGAAGGAGAGCGUGAGUGGGAUACAGUAUAUUUGUAGGUGUGAAGGUGUAAGGCAGCUGUUGUGUACACGGCUGCCCUUGUUAUGGCUGGGUGGUACUUUCCCACCUUUGACCUGCUUCUUGCUCAUGAAAGGUGAGCAUUCAUGUAGUGUUAAUAUUUUUAGUUUUAAGUUAAACUUUGACAUAGUAGAGCAUAUAGAAUAGGACAUUAGCAGCCGUGUGUACAUGAGCAGUUGGUUGGCUGGCAGUGUGGCGGUGGUGGUGGUGUGGUGGUAGAUCAGUCCACCACAGUGGGAACUUGUGCAGUGGACCCCACAGUGGGUCCUGGUAGGACAUAGGUGCUGGCCUCAGGACUUGGCAACUUGACUUUUGUAUAGAUCAUACUAUAAAUAUGAUUGAAAGGGUUAUGACAGACUAACCAAUCUCCCUUUGUAUGCACUUGCAUAUUAGUUUUUUAUGUUCCAAGAAGAUAUUUCUGGUGUAAUUUAGUUGCAUAGUGACAAGACUGUUAAGUCCUGUGGCCAUGUGCCCCCUUUGCUGGGCUGUUAAGGGGCCUGAUGCGGGGGGCAACAUGGUCCUCUAACACUUCUGUAAUACAUUCCACUAAGUGUGAUAUCUGCACCAUUGUUAUUUUGUGUGUACAUUCAGUAGUUUUUCUCUAUUGUUAUAGCUUCAUAUUUAGUUCAGUUUUUGAACAUUUUCAAGGCUUAUAUAACUUGUUACUUCAUUAAAAAUCUGGUCCAAACCAGAAGAGUACAUUUAAGUGUGAUAUCUGACUUGGAGUCAGCCCAGAAAAUGUUCCAGAUGAUAAUUUGACUUACCUGGACUUUGGUGUGUACGCCAAUAUUACUCUGCUAAGACCAAUAAAGUCUGUUAAGAUAUU